AUGGCUCCUCAAGCUCUGUCUUGGAUUUGUGUGUCUCUGCUUGUCUUGUUAGCAUGUUCAUCAUCCGUUGCAGCGAGGGGCACACGGACGCCCAAAACCACCGACCCAACGUAUGGGUUUAAAGCUGUGAGUCUCGAUGAGAGUAAUUUUGAGCUGCAGCGUCCGUACGACGAGUCGAGUGGAUCCCGAUAUAGCUUUGACGGCACUGUGCGGAAGCUAUGGGUGCUCUCAUCUGACAAGCCCCACACCCGCCAAAGCCACACCAGCCCAAGAACAGAGAUUAGGAUGACAGGGUAUGACUACAGCUCUGGCGUGUGGCAGUUCGAGGGCUACGGCUAUGUCCCCUCUGGCACAUCGGGGGUGUCUAUCAUGCAGGUGUUUGGAGGCGGUGAGACGGCAACUACGCUCAUGCUGCACGUCAUAAAUGGUGCACUGCGGUACUAUGACAGACAGGUUGUUGAGGAUAACAUCUAUGACCGAUGGUUUAAACUGAAUGUGGUCCAUGACGUCGAAGCGUCCAGGCUCACUGUGUUCAUUGAUGGCAAGGAGAAGUUGCAUGUGUCUGGCCGCGGCGGGGACUCGCACUACUUCAAGUUUGGAGUGUAUGCCCAAAACCAUGACUCCAGCUUCAUGGAAUCUCGCUGGAAGGGUGUCAGGAUCCUGAAGAAAGAUUAG